AUGCAAUUUCGCAAAUGGUAUCCUGCAGUUAAAAGGACUUCUCUACUAGUGGAUGGUAAAAAAGUCAUUAAACACGCUGACAGUGUCCCUCAUCCAGAAGAAAUAAUUCAUCCAUUUUAUCGACCAAGUGCAAUAGAACAAUUCACCAUAUGUGCUACGGAGUACAAUCCUAGCCUGCUUGAUGGCAAAAAGAUCGUUCCAUCAUUGAUAAAACACCCAGAAAAUCUGAAUACAAUACUAGUCGACAGCAAAUUAAAGUUUGACGAUAUUAGGGGAGUGAACAAAUGGUUAAUGAAAUUCAUCGCUCAUCGAAAACAGCAACAAAAUAUGGUACUUAAACCUUCGAAAAAAAAUACCAAAUUCUUUAACGUUUCCCAUUUAUCUUCUGCUGAUAUCGACAGAUUAUCCGCACUUGAAGAUGAAGUCGCAAACAUUAAAGAUUUAGAUGACUUGCAAUCCACUGUAGACUCCCUUAAUAGCAAGUUAGAGAAAAUAUUUAACCCUGAUGGAAGGCAGACUAAAAUGUUUUGCGAAGACAUACUGGUUCAUUUGAUAAAGCGCCAUGGCAACUCAAUCGAGAAACUCAUAUUAUUAAUAAAGCUAACUGAGACACAACUGUAUGCGCGUUUAGACCAAAUAAAGACUGUGGAUAAUAUUCUAUAUCAUAUGCUCUGUAAAAUGGAAACGGAUAAUAAUAUGCUGUAUAGUACCAACUUAACUAGUGCAAUAGAAGCUUUAUUGGCGGCAAUCAACAACAGAUUUUUUCCCAAACGUUGCGAAGAUUCAUUACAUCCCAUAGUCAUCGAACAACUGUUAUCAUUUUUCAUCAAAACUGGCAAUUUGGACGAAAGCAAGAAUUUCCUGGGCCACUUGAUAAAGAAGGGUGUUUUACCAGAUACUGCUAUUAUUAGUAGAUAUUUGGAAGAAGUUGACCUUCAUUUUGGUAAAAGCGCCAAGUUUUUUGAUAUAAAAUCAAAAUUUGCAUUUGUAGCAGAUCUUGCACCUAUAAUACAACAUCAUGCGUCAACAACCCUAUUCAAGUUCUUGGUUCCAAUGUGCCGGCAUUUCGACGAACUGUACUCUUUGCUAAUUAUUAUUCAAAAAUCCAACAGCUCAAAAAAAGCCAUCGAUGGCGCCCUACCCAUUCUUAUUGAAAAGGUGCUAACAUUUACGAAAGACCCAUUGGUCAACUCAGCAAACUUAUGCACGAUUUUGAAUUCAGUCACCCCAAUAUAUGAACAGGACAUGCCCAGUGAAUUUGUAGAGAAAUUUAUACUAUCUUUUGCUCUUCAAGGGAAUUAUACUAUGAUGGCCGAUAUCAUAGAUACAUAUAAGUUCGAAUUAAAUCAUAAACGUCAAAUGAAAAUUAUUAAGGCUCUAAACAAGAGUGAGAGAAAUCAUAUAGUUAAGAAUGCAGGUGCCAUUGGUUAUAAUAAGAAUUUUAGAGAAUAUUUCACCGAAAGUUAUUUAACUUGUGCUGAACGUAAAGCUUCGUGCCCAUAA